UUGGUCUAUUUUUAGGUUAUUCAUGUUACAAACCAGUUUAAUACGUAUGUGUGCUGUACGUAUUAGUACCAGUCUGCUGUGCCGGAUAGUGGUGUCUGGCUUUAUUGUUAGUUAUUCGUGGAAAUUGAAGUUUGACUUGGCACCUUUUACGUAUAACUAUAUGACAGUGGCAUAUGUGUAUUGUUGCACAGUACAACAGUACCCACACCCGUCCCGAUUAAACUCAACAGAGCGUAUUUCACGGAACGGACGGUACAACCCGCCUUGAUUCAACUCCGCCAGGCUUAGAAGGUCGUGUUGUGGAUUGGAAAAAUGGCGGCGCGAAACACAUACUCCGACGUUUCGUCAUUCAAGUGCAUGCUGUGUCUUCGGGACUGCAUGGAUCCUAGAGAAUUACCAUGCUACCAUGCCUUUUGUUUCCUCUGUAUCGACAAAUACAUCCGAAAUGAGCGCGUGAUCAGCCAGGAAAAGACGUAUUUCCCCUGUCCUGCCUGUGACCAUCCUGUUUUACCCAAGGAGCCCACGGCUCCUGCAAGUAAAUGGGCAACCUCUCUGCCUGUAAACCUCCCAUUCCACAACCCAGGUUUACAUGGCAGUAGGUCAGAGGUGGCAAAGGCUUGUGACGCCUGUUUGAGGGACGACCAGAAGGUCACGGCGCAUGUCUGGUGCAGAGAAUGUAUGGAAGCGAUAUGCAAGACGUGCGGUGAUGCUCACGGGAAAAAUAAAAUGUCUUCCAAGCACACCACUAUCCCAUGGGAGGACUACGCGCGUACCAGCUAUAGCCCAGUGGUUAGUGUCAAUGAAACCUGUCCUGAGCAUGACGGGAAGCGGCUGGAACUGUUUUGUCUGGACCAUAACUCGCUCUGCUGUUCCAUGUGUAUCACUCUCUCCCACAGAUCCUGUCAACGCUACAAAAGUAUUGACAACAUAGUUUCAAAGACGAAGCUUUAUUCCCAGCAGUCAGAAUGGAGUAGAAUGAAAGAGGAGACAGGAAAACUAGUGAAUGAAAGUGAAAAUAACAGGGAAAAGCUUGAACUGAGAAAAAAGGCACUUUUGGAAACCAUGUCUGCAAACGUUCAAAGAUCAAAAAAUACUCUUGAUGACUUAUUCACUAGAUUUCAGGAAAAUGUUGAUCACGUGGUCAGAUCGCAAAGUGAAGUCCUAUGGAAUCGCGAAAAAUUUGUGAAAGGGUUUUUCACAAAUGUGGAAAACUGCAAUACGUAUAUGGCUCUACUGGACACACAAGGAUCGAGUGUUCAGAGGUUUAUAGGUAGGGAACAAACGAUUUCCCAGAUAUCUAGCCACUUCCGGCGACUACAUCACAAGGUCAAGGACAUACACAACGAUGUUGAUCUCAUACUUAAUGUGAACGAAGGAUUAGACAAAAUCCUUCAUGCUCUGACCAGUUUAGGACGAGUUGAUGUGUCGACGUCGAAAUCCUCUUCGUCACAAGAUGUGCUCACACACGUCACUACACUGAUUGAUACUCUCAAUGUGAUGCCUACAUCACCAUCUUUAGCCGAUACGUGGGCAGGCUCAGACAUGCUCAGUGACGUCCAGCAAGUUCCGGUGGUUUCACCACCAACAUCGCCAGCAUCACCCGCAUCACCGACUAAAACCUUGGACGUGCUGACAGCGAAUCUGUCUAUGGUCAAGUCCGUUGCUUGUCUUGGUCUCGGAGGAGCUUACAAGAUCCAUUUGACUGGUGGCGUCUACAUUGACGGAGAAGGUGUUAUAUUAACCGAUUGUAAAAACAACCGUCUUGUGUUGUUUAACGAGACGUAUGAUUACAUGGGCGAUCACGUGUUAGAGGGCCAGCCUAUUGACGUCACCCGAGGAUGCAAGGCCAGGGAGGUACUGGUGGCUAUGCACCUGAACAAGACGAUCCUGCGAUGUAACAUACAAGGUGGUGUCCUUACCACGGUUGACAAAAUUAGUGUACCGGAAUUUACGUAUGGCAUAGCUGUCUUCGGUACCAGUAUACUAACAGGCACUUUUAAUGACGUGAAACUUCUUUCUAUUGAGGGCAGGGAACUCAAGUCGAUCCCGAAAACUGGGGACUGUGCUUACGUAGCGGCUUCAAACUCACAGCGGACGUUUUGUCACCGGGACGGUAACGCCAUUGUUUGUCGGGCGCAGGAUGGAACCGAGGCCUUCCGUUACGCAUGUCGGGGCCUGCGGGAACCACGUGGAAUCGGUCUAGAUAAAGAUGGCAACAUAUACGUGUGUGUGUACGAGACCGGGAACAUCCACCAGAUUUCGUGGGAGGGGUCAAGAACCAGAGUAAUUAUGCAGAGACUAAACGGCAUCGCCAAGCCCUGCGCCAUAGUGGUGCACCCGCACAGACACGAGCUGCUGGUCACAUCACAAAAAGAGGAUGUAGCAUUUGAAGUGUACAAGUUCGAUAGUAGUUAGGACCAUUGCGACGAACAAUAUAUUCUACUUCAGCAUCUGAACGGCAUGUGAUAACACCAUUAGUAUAUGGGGGUACAUUUAAUAACGAAUUUCAAUCAAACAUAUGUCACCUUGACAGUGUGACAUUCGAAAUGUCGCAAUAUUAGUUUAUUUUGUGUCCCUAUUUGAUUUUCUUUGAGAUAAGAGCUCUGGUUUAGUGAAACUUUAAGUGUCUAUACUUGCGUCAGCUGCACAUGUGCUGUUAAUACUCAACUGUAAGGGUUAAUUCUGAACCAACGCUUGUUGCUCAAUAAGUAGAUUAGAAAAUAAUAAUAAGAAAUGGAUAGAUGUCAGCUGAUUGGAUCGUUACACACGUUUUUGCCAUUUUAAAGUAGACUCGUGGUAUCGAAAAGGAAAUGGAACUUUGUUGAUGAUUUUACUCGGUGACAUGUGAUGAUUCGAAACGUAGUCAUCCCAAAGAAGUUGCAGUUCGAUUUCACUACUACGACAUGUAGGCCUGGCCAGUGAGACAAUUGUCCAUACAAAUCCUAUCAGGAAUCAGUACAUGUCUUUGAUGUGGUCGCCCUUGACGUAAUCUAUUUAAACUGUUUGUGGCUAUAUGUGUUUUUUGAACAUUGUCCCAUUAUUGAACUAUUUUCUCUUUUGAAGCGGACAAACGAUAUUCCAUGAUCAAAGGAAUAAAAAUGAAUGUUUACACAUUAUAAAUGAGGGAAGACUCGUGAUAUAGAAUGAGUUGCAGUAUUUUUUAUUAUCCUGGAACGAUUCAAUGUAAACAAGGUGCACCACAUCUUGUUCAGGACAUCUUGAUUGAUUAGAUAUCGUCAAAAUAUUAACUCAGUGUGUUUUCUCUCUCCUCAAAAUUCUUUCUUGGUAUGUUCAUUGAUUAAACAUCGU